GAUUGUGGAAGCGGCUGAGCGAGCCCUGCCUGACGCGGCCCCUGUCAAUGCUGGCAACGACGUAGCAGAGACAGUCAUAGACGACGACAGUGCUGUGGACGCGGGGACGCUGGACGACACGGCCCAAGUUGCAGACAGACGUUACACCGGACAGAGUGCCGCGCCCUGUCUUGGACUGGUCGCCGACGCCCCCAUCCCGGUCACGAAGAUGGGCCGCGGAGGGUUGGAAGUGCUCAAGAAGGCAAAGCUUGAAACAGCUGGCUCUGCUGCGCCGAAGAAAAAGGGACAAGCCAAAGGGCGUGAGCUCAACAAGUCCUUCAAGAAGAAAGGCCGCAAAUGCAACACGCGUGCCCGCCUGGCUUGCGGCAGCUUGGCGUUUACGCCGUUCUGGGGCCAUCACGCAGCUGGGCAGGAUCCCGACUACUGCGAGUUCCUCAGAUCGGCUUAUUGCUUCGGGCUCAAGAUGCCAAAUGAUGCCACGUGCUUCUUUGUAAAACACGAGGAGGAGACCUUCGGUGCUGUGGAAAGGAGGGCAGGCGGCCUCUUUCACAAGCACAAGCUCGUCAUGGCCUUCACGGAAGCCAUGGUGGCAGAGCAGAUGCUUUUCGAAAACGAAGUCGUCGAGGGCGACACGGCUCGAUUCGGCAGUAAUACGCUGGACACUGACUCGGGACGAUUGCAGGUGCACGAGGGGCGCACCUUAGUUCUCAAAGGACGCCGUAGCAAGCGCUGGUCAGCGACAGGCUUGGCACCUACUGCUUCUAGCAGGGCAAUGCCGCCCGAGACCGUGGCGGACGUAAAGCCGCAGAUGGACCAGCAGUUGGGCUCUGGUGUUGUCUUUGCGCCCGACGGCGCACGUGCAUGGUUGGCGGCCACCCGCGAGUCGGAUGUGCCGGUGCUGACCGGCGUGAACCACAACAAGAAGGUCUUCACACCAGUUAGCACGUUGGCCAAGAAGGACCUCAGUGCUUCAGCCACGAAAACGUUGAAGCGGCAGACUGGAGCACAGAAGGGGCUUGCAAGGGAGACGAAGCAUGCCUUCGAAGUCGUGGGAGGAGACAAUAUGGCAGAGAGUUUGCUGGGCCAUAUAAAGCAGAGCAUGCGCCGAAGCGGGGCUGUCCGAGGAGGCACAGCUGGCUCCAAAAAAAAGACAGCACAGGUGUUGUCUGCAGCAGCACUGCUGCGUGGUCCUGGGCUCCUCAAGCUCCUUUCCGGGUACAAGGCUUACAGAGGCCUGCUCUACAGGAAAAGUUCGUGUCGGCCCGCGCGACGCGUGGUCGAUGGAACACGCGAUGUGGUUGCAGCAGGAGCCGCAGCCAUAGAGGCCUGCUCUACAGGAACAGUUCCUGUCGGCCCGCGCGACGCGUGGUCGAUGGAACGUGCGAUGUGGUUGCAGCAGGAGCCGCAGCCAUAG